AAAUAAAUAAAUAAAAUCUUUAAAAAAAAAAAAAUUGUAAGGAGAAAUUGCCAUAGACUUUUUACCUGGUUAGUGUUAAUGUGAAGUGAUUUGGGCCUUUGUUUUUAUUGUAGGUAGGAAAUGUCUGUUUUCUCAUAAAGCUGGUUAAAUACAUAAGUACAAUUUUCAGUAGGAAUUUAAAAAAUCCCUAGUGAGCUACAGUGUGAGAUGAAAGUAAAAAUUUUAUUUCUCAACCUUAAACUAAUAGUGCAUUCACAGCAUUUUAACAGAAUUCGGGUCAGAAAGAAAAUUUAUAGGAAUGGUGGAUUUUCUUUGGUUACUGGAGUGCACGCUUAAAAUGAUUCUCCAUUGUUCUUUUCACUUGAUCUGAAAUGAGCCACCGGAAGGUAUCCUUAGGUUCACUCCUGCACUUGGUGCUCUCUUUGCCUGCAUCCCUUCAAUUACGUCUUUGAGGAGAAUUGUCCCUUUUCCUUGCCGAGGUGUCCUCUGGCAUCCUCCGCCUGUCCCCCGAUUUUUUCCACUGGUGUUACUUCCCUUGCACCAGGCUCUUCCAUUUACUAGCUGCCGUGUCCUCUCAGAGUCCUGGCAUCUCUCAGAGGCCCCAAUUUCCAAAUCGGUAAACCUUCUUUGCUCUUUUUUUUUUUUCCCCCCAGUGAAGAUUAAAUAUAUAACAGUAAAACACUAGACCAGUAGUGGGCUCACAGCAGUUACACAAAAAAUCAGACUUGCCAUUGUUGUUAUUUAAAACAACAUCUUACAUUUUGUCCUCUUGACUGGUUCAUUCCCCUUUAACUACUAACCUGUUCGCGUUCUCUGCCUCCUGAGACAUUCUGCUCAGACUUGUUUGCUCCUCAGGCUCUCGUGCUUUUUCUUUCCUUCCAUUGCUGUCAUGCCUCUACCAUGGGAAGUGGCCGUCUAGCUUCUAGCCCCAUCCUGCUGUGUGACCCAUACAACCCCCAUACUGUGGCAUUUGCUUUCUUUUCAUCCUCUACCCUGUCAUUCUGGAGUCUGCGUCUUCCCCGGGUUUCUGUGACAAGGUGGGCCUGAUUUCCCUUGUACUGUUUGACUACCUUUUCUGUUUGCUUCUCUGACUUCAAGUUCCCUUGUCAGCCCCCACAUGGUUGUGUUCCCUAAGGUUCUGUUGCUCUCUUUUCCCCCGUGCACCCUCCCUCCACAAUCGCCCCUAUUCCUGGGGCUUCAGACAGCUCUCCUGUGCAGGUGAUUCUUAAAUGGGUAAUUCUAACCCGCCCUGUUAUUUUGAGCUUAAGCUUUACAUCCUGAGAGGUCAACCUUGAGGAGCUGUGGGCAACUCCAACUCAGCAUGUCAAAUUCAUCUUUUUAUUGUUCCCAACCAGCUUCUGCAGAUUUCCCUGUAGCUGUUAGCAGCAAUACCAUUUUCCCAGCCUCCAUAUUUUGGGGCCCCUCCUUUGCCACAUCUCUGCCUCGUUCCCGUUCUCCACAUUACCUUAGCUGCAUCUUCUCAGGUUUACCCUGUAAAGUAUCUUUGCUUCCAAAGUUCUUUUGUGAAUACAUAUGUAAAGAGAGAGAUCUGGAAAGAAGUUCACCAAAGUGUUUAAAGUCUUUGAUCUCUGGGUGGUAGGAUUUUAUACUGUUUGAAUUUUGUUUUCUUAACAGGUAUUUAGUAUUUAUAUGCUUGCACCCAGCCUUUUACCUCUCAGCCCUCCUGUGUCCUGAUCAUCACCCAGUGGAACUCCUCCUCCUCAUUUCCUCGGUGCACUCAUACUUUCUUGCCUUUGUUCCUUUACUCAGAGCUUGUUUCAUCGGUUCUUUGCAUCUCCCGUUGUCACUCUUCAGGGCAUAUUCCCAACUGAAUGUGCCUUCCUUCACAAGCUCUCCGGUCUCUGUGUCACUUCCUUUGUUCUGCCCUCUGGUCUUCUGAGGUGGCUUUUUGUGUUAAUCCCUUUAUUAGAUUGUAAGCUCCAAGAGAGCAGAGAUUGGGUCUUACUCAUCCUUUUCCCCUUUUGGUUAUAAUCUCCCUAUUUUUCUUUGGGCACAACCCCUUUUCCCACUGGCUGUGGUUCUGGUGGGAUGGUCAGUCAAAGUGUCCUGCCAAGAGAAUGGGAUGCUCUUCCCCUGGAAUUUGGAUUUUGAGUCAUGGGAUACAAGGACUGACAGUGAUUGGCGUGGAUUCAUCCUGGCCAAGGUGCUCUGAAGAAGCCAUUUCUUAGUUCCUGCUUCCCAGAUCCCUGCAGCUGCUCUGGUUCCUGAACUCUCCGAGGCCUGGUUCUUCAGAUUGUCCUUCGUAUCUGUGAGCUAUCUCGUAUCCUUACACUAAAUGUCUCUCUCUUUAAAUUUUAAGUUAGCUAGACAGUUUCUGUUGCUUUUUUCCCUGCCGAUAGAGCUGUUAUGAUUGGAACUGACCAGACUUAAUCAUUCUAGUUCUUAUAUUGAUUCUGAUAUGUUUUUUUCUUCUCUUUAAAAAUGAAAACAAAAAAACAGCCAGAGACUGCUGCUGCCUUGAAACGUACAGUAGAAGCCCUGAUGGACAGAGGGGCGAUAGUGAGGAACUUGGAGAAUCUGGGUGACCGAACACUGCCUUAUAAGAUUUCCUCCCACAGUCAGCGGCACAGUAGAGGAGGGUAUUUCUUGGUGGAUUUUUAUGCACCAGCCACCGCUGUUGAGAGCAUAAUGGAACAUUUGUCUCGAGACAUUGAUGUGAUUAGACCGAAUGUUGUAAAACACCCUCUGACCCAGGAAGUAAAAGAGUGUGAGGGGAUUGUCCCUGUCCCACUCGAAGAAAAACUAUAUUCCACGAAGAAGAGGAAGUGAGAAGAUUUACCCAAUUGUAGCUUUGUAUUUAAUUCUCUCACUUUUGAGUACCAUGGAUUAAAAAUUUACAAACUUGACCCUUAUAUGAGUGUUAUUAUAGGUGCCAUUUAAUUUUUCUAAGGAGUUUCUGGCUCUUGAACUCCCUUGCUGUGAGAAGUUGGGGACUGGCUUGCUUAGAGCCACUUUGUAAUCUGACAUGCCAGCACAUCAUUCUUGAUUUCCUUUCAUUAAUGUCAUUUCUUUAUCGGUGAGGACUUUGCCCUACAACAACACUAACACCAUUUUGCAGAGCAAAGCUUAUAAAAACUGCCUCGGAUUGCAAGCUAGUCAUUCAGACUGUAUAACCGUGCAAAAUAAAAAUUUAAGACCA